CGCUGAGAUACAUGUCAAGUUGUUCUACACUAUACCUGCAUACAAUACAGUCAUAUAUUGUCAAUACCACGAACUGUUUAGUUUCGAUUCUCAGAUGUACCCAUUGUCGAACUUUCAAACACACGUCAGGAACUCAAGUUAUGGAUCAUACAUAUACGUGUUAAGGUUGUUAUCGGGGUUUGAAUUAGAGGAUGGAUAUGUUGAAUACACAACAGUGAAUCGAUUUGAUAAUAUGGAUUUUGAAUAACAGAAGCAUGGCGGGAAUUGAAAUCAAAGCCUUUGGUACCUAUAUCGACAGUCGGAGGCAAUCCAUAGCAAAACUAAAAGAAAUCGCUGCGGAAAUACAACUUCACAAUCGAAACAAGAAAAUAUCAAAUAUAACUGGAGCAACGGCUGGCAUCGUUGGAAGUGGGCUUGGAAUAGCUGGUUUUGGACUGACGUUUGUUUUUCCUCCAGUUGGGUUGGGUCUCAUGAUCGUAGGUGCUGCUUUGGGGGGAGCUGGUGGUGCAACCGGAGGAGGGGCAACUCUUUUGGUACACGUACUAUCUAUCGAAGAAACUUGUUAA